AUGGUUCAGGCCGGAUUGGCUCAGCCGGCGCCGAGCACGGGGGCGCCGGCGAUGGCGGCAGCGGCAGCGGCGGUGCACGUCGCGCUCAAGAUCCCCUCCGGCGGCGGGCCGUAUGCACGGGCCAAGCACUACCAGCUAGUGGAGAAGGACCUGGACGCGUCGAUCGCGUGGUUCUGGAAGGCGAUCGAGACGGGGGACAAGGUGGACAGCGCGCUCAAGGACAUGGCGGUGGUGAUGAAGCAGCGCGGCUACCUGGACGACGCCGUGGACGCCAUCCGGUCGCUGCGCCACCUCUGCCCGGGGAAGCAGUCGCAGGAGUCCCUGGACAACAUCCUGCUCGACCUCUACAAGGCCAGCGGGCGCACCAAGGAGGAGAUCGAGCUGCUCAAGCACAAGCUCCGCCGGAUCUACCACGGCCAGGCAUUCCCCGCCGACAAGGCCACCAAGCGCGCCCGCUCCCACGGCCGCAAGAUCCACGUCUCCGUCCAGCAGGAGACGUCCCGGGUGCUGGGCAACCUCGCCUGGGCCUACAUGCAGCAGUGCAACUUCAUGGCGGCCGAGGCCGUGUACCGCAAGGCGCAGAUGGUGGAGCCCGACGCCAACAAGGCCUGCAACCUCGCGCUGUGCCUCAUGGAGCAGGGCCGGCUGGGGGACGCCGAGGGGGUGCUCGCCGACGUGGUCGCCGGCGCGUUCCGCGACGGGAGGGAGAGGGAGCACGGCGGCGGGAAGGUCGUCAGGAAGGCGGAGGAGCUGCUGGAGCGGAUCAGGGCGGAGACAGGCGGCGGCGGCGAGAAGGAGGCCGGGGAGGAGGACGGCGCCGAGGCCGACGAGAUGGCGGAGCUUCUGGACAUGGUGGCCAGGCAGUGGGCCGCGCCGUACCGGAAGAGCCACCGGAGGCUGCCCGUGUUCGAGGAGAUCACACCCUUCGGCAGGGAGCAGAUGGCUUGCUAG